AUGACACCGCCUUUUUUAACAAUGUUCCCUUUUAACCACUCCUUUUCCUCUAUUGCAUGCUUUACCAUCUUCAAUCACCCUUUUCGCACCCCCCCCCCCAAUCACUUGUCCUUUCAAUUUCUCGCCAUGUCAGAAGCUGACCUCUCUUCUUCUCUUUCCAGCUAA